CUACGGGCGUCCUUUAAGGCGGGCAUCCUUUACGGCAGGCGUCCGCGUCGCAAGCUCGUAGUCCUGAAGCGGAGGCCAGAGGAGGGACAAGGGUACGAGCAUCGGAUAGUUACAGCCAUGCCUUUCUUGGACGUGCAGAAAAGGUUCGGCAUUAACCUAGAUCGGUGGUGGACAAUCCAAAGUGCCGAACAGCCCUACAAGUUUCCUGCUCGAUGCCAUGCUUUUGAAAAAGAAUGGAUAGAAUGUGCACAUGGAAUCGGUAUGACCCGGGCAGCGAAAGAGUGCAAGAUAGAACAUGAUGAUUUCAUAGAGUGUAUACGUCGGACAAAAACGAUGAGACGUAUGGAUGCCAUCUGGAGGCAACGGGAAAAACUGAUGAAGGAAGGGAAGUACACCCCUCCACCUCACCACAUGGGCAAGGGGGAGCCUCGGCCCUGAGCAGACACAGCUACUGAUAUCUGGAGGCCGAUUUUCAUGUUCUCUUUUCUCCACUGGAAAGGUUUAUGGAAAACCUCCUUGUCAAAGUGUUUAAAAAUAAAGUAUUGCUCCAUCCU